AUGAGUUUGUGGCAGAAUUUGGUCAAUAGUAGAACCCCCAGAUCAACAUUGAGUCCCAAUGGUGGAUCAUCCAUCACCGUCCCUUCAUUAUCAUCAUCAUCUUCUUCUUCUUCUUCUUCCUCCUCUUCUUCUACUACUACUACCUUAUUUCCUGCCGCUAAUUCUCCACAGCGAGCAUCAAAUUCUUUGACCUCCGAUCGUCAAGGUCGCGGUCGCAAUAAAGUCCGUCUUGAACCAGGCCAUUCCCCACUAGAUUGGGCAGUACUAAAAUCUUCAGGUACCAAUCUUCGAAAUAUCGAUCCUCGAGAUUUCCCCAUGAAAGUCACCAGGGAAGAAUUGAAAAAACACAAAUCACAAGAUGAUUGUUGGACCGUCAUCAAGGGGAAAGUCUACAAUAUAACCCCUUAUUUAAAGUUCCACCCUGGUGGGGUCCCUGAAUUGAUGAAGUGUGCAGGAAUCGACGGUACAGCAUUGUUCAAUAAAUAUCAUGCCUGGGUCAACGCAGAAAGAAUUUUGGACACUUGCUUUAUCGGUUUUUAUGUUCAAUAA